AUGUUCCUCAUAGCUACGCUUCUUUUUCUUUCAGCCAGAUUAACCACCGCCGGAAAUAUGAAUUCCUUCGCCGGAGUAUGUUAUGGAAGAAAUGGAGACAAUCUCCCAUCUCCAGCCAAAACUGUGUCUCUAUACAAGAAAAUAAACGUCGGUGGGAUAAGACUCUACGAGCCUUUCCCUGACCUCAUCGUCUCAUUACAAGGAACUGGUCUUCUUGUAGCCAUCGGACCAAGAAACGAAGCAAUCAAAACAUUAGCCGAAGAAUACCAAUUUGCCUUAAAUUGGGAUAAAACAUUUAUAGCACCAUACAAAAACGUAGCUUUCAAUUGGAUAACCGUGGGAAACGAAGUGAUAGAAGGAGAGAUCGGACGUUACGUGCCACAAGCCAUGAAAAAUAUAAAAGCUGCGUUGACCGAAAUCGGAAACUCAAAGAUCCACGUCACCACUGUCAUAUCCACAGCCGCACUCGCUAACUCUUACCCACCAUCAGCCGGAGUAUUUAAACCGGCAAUAACCGAACUUAUAACCGAAAUCGUAUCGAUUCUUAGCUCUACCGAUUCACCGCUCAUGGUCAACGUUUACCCUUAUUUCGCUUACGCAUCAGACCCUAGCCACGUGUCACUGGAAUACGCAACGUUCCGUUCGACUUCACCGGUAGUGACCGACGGAAAAUACCAAUACACAAAUAUAUUCGAUGCAACGUUGGAUGCUUUCAACGUGGCAUUAGAGAAGAUCAACCACGGAAGCGUGAAGGUCUACGUAGCGGAGACCGGUUGGCCUACUAGAGGGAAUGAUCCAUACACAAGCGUGGAGAACGCUCGUGCUUAUAACCAGGGGUUGCUUAAGAAACUAACCACAGGUAAGGGUACGCCAAGGCGGCCCAAUGUUCCAGUGAUAACUUUUUUCUUCGAAAUGUUCAAUGAAGAUUUGAAACAAGGAGCGGUUGAACAAAGCUUCGGAUUCUUCGAUCCUAAUAUGGCUCCUGUCUACGAUAUGUGGAAUAUAGCUAGGACAAGUAACGCUAGUCCUAGUUGGGUUAUUUGGACUAAUUGGGUUAUUUGGACUAUGCUCAUAACUAGAUUGUUUUAUUAAUUUUGUUUUAUUUAAUAUAUUAAUUAAUGUGCAAUUAGUUUUUUUAAUUGGUGAUUAUCCAGUAAAAAAUAUAAAUGUGUUUCAAUUCAAAUAUACAGAACAUAUAUUGUUAUAUUAUAUCAUUCUGUCGUUCCAUU